AUGAGGAUCACGAGCGUCCACAUUCCCGCUGGUACACGGACUAUUACGGUCCCCUGGGCUAUCAACCGCUCGCAAGAUCUCUGGGGACCCGAUGCCGAGAGCUUCGUCCCUUCUCACUGGAUUGAUAAAAAGAACGGCAACCCGAACAAUACAGGUGCUGCGAAGAGUAACUAUUCUAUUCUGACGUUCUUCCACGGCUGGUGGAGCUGUAUUGGCCAAGAUUUUGCGAAAGGGGUGCUGAGAGUGUUGGUUGCGGCAUUUAUGGUUAGCGGAUCCGGAUUAUGUGCCUGCGCCGUAUGGAGUGGUCACCGCGAAGCCGAAGGAUGGAAUACCUUUAAGGCUUAG